AUGUCGAAAAAAAGUCCAGCUAAAUCGCCGGCUCAACAGACGCCGGCUUCGCGGAGAAUGGAUCCGAUCGAGGAAGAGCUUCUUGAAGCCGGCUCUUCGGCUUCGACUCCACCAGCUCAGAUUGUCUCUUCGGAUCCUUAUCAGUCAGCUAUAUCUAGAACCUCAUCAUCAACUGCAAUUCACAGAAUUGACAACAAACGCCCCUCUUCUCUGAAAGAUCGGCCGAUGUUAGCUGGCCAUAAAAUUCAGAAUCUGAUGGGCGAUGUUAACAAUGCCAUCUCUCCUGGCCCAAUUCAGACAACCGCUAUCAACCAGUCGACUUCGAUUGGAGAGUUGUUUAUGAACAUGCCUUUUUCAGACUCUUCACAUCCAGAGAUUUUGAGUCCAGCUAGCUAUGAGUACAAAAAGUAAGAUUCGACGUCUUUUUUUACAAUUUUAGGUAAUAAAACGAAAAAAAACAAAUUUACAAUUUGUAGGAACAAAAAAUUGACUAAUAACUUUGGUGCUGAGGUUCAGUUUCUUAAUGGAGAUUCUAUGGACUUCUUUAUCGCGACAAAAGAGACUUUCCAGAUCUACAAGAUGGAGUACGAUGCGGAUUCUGAUCCUGUAGCUGACCUGAUUCGCAAUCACAAGUUUCGCACAAAUAUGGUGGAGAAUGAAGUAUGUUUUAACUAAUUGAAAUUAUAUGUGCAAUAAUUUUGGUUUAACAGCAUGAAUGUCAGAAGUUAUUGUUUAUAUUAUUUUAGUACACUUGCCAAUCAGUGGCGUUGGACAAUACCGAGUUUAAUAACAUUGCUUUUGGUUUUAAUAACGGCGACAUUUUUGUUACAAACGCUUACGAAGAAGGAGAUUUGGACAGAGAGUAAGCUUAUAUUUUUAUGAAGUUUAUAUUGUCUUUGUUAUCUAAAAUUUUACACUUUACACAUCUUAUUUUAGUUGGUAUAACGAUUAUCACAUUCGAAUGAACCACAAAUGUGAAUCGCUGCUUCAUUUGUGUUGGGACAAAUCUAGAAAUGGCAAAGGAUAUCUUUGCGCUGCAUAUGAACGGUAAUUGAUAACUGAUAGCAAUUAAUAUUGUUUUAGUGGACGAGGAAACGAUCACAUUAUCAAUUUGUUUGACAUUAAUCAGGGACAACAGAAGGACCUGUUUUGUGAACGACAAGUCUCGGAGAACAUUUACGACUUAACCUUCCUUGAGUGAGUUAAAUUUACAUUUUGUAAUACUUAUGAUGUGUUUAGUUUGGAAUUGACAACAUUGAUGGUUAGUUGCUUCAAGAACUUUCGUUUCAUCGAUAUUCGGGAAAGGACAGGAUUUAUGAACAUUACUACAGUAAACUCUCCGUUACUCAAAGUAGCGUUUGAACCUUACAAUAACGUACAGUUUGCUGGAGUUAAUGGAAAUGAUGUCGCGAUCUAUGAUAGGCGGUUUCUGAGUAAAGCUGUUUACGAGUUUCAAGUUGGGGUAGGUUUAUAUUAUCUCUUAAGUUUGUAUUAUUUGUGCUCUAUUUACAAUACUACAUGUUAUUUUAUUGUCAAGUUAUGUUUUUAAAUAUUUUUUAGGUAACAUUUUAUUUUUUCAGCCACAAAAUCUUUACAUUUCUCACAUUGAGUACAAUCCGAACAGAUACUGUAACAUCUCGUGUUCAUCGAUGUCUUCUGGAGUUGUCUACGAUGUUGACAUAUCACCGUCAGUUACUUACGCUGAUCAUAUGUCUGAGGGCAAGACUGUAGAUGCUAUGAAGCAAGCUGUAUCUACAUUUGCUACGAAGUUUUCAUACGGAGUUAAGGAAGUUGUAAGUAUUAACAUUAUUCUUUUGUUCUAAAUGGAAUUAAAAUUAUGAUUAAGGCUGACUUCUUUUCAGAACACGUCUCUGAAGCAAGUACAAGAUUUCUGUUGGUCUCAUAGGAAACAGAACCUUCUACUUGUUAUUCCACCUCAAAUCGAAGUGACUGAGGAACAGGAAGACAUAGAUAGAUUGUCGUACAAGAUUGUCACGGUAGACCACAACAGGAACGACGCCUCCUUUCCUCCUGACGGCUCGAUCUACUUUUGUUCUUCGAAUUCCGUGGAAAGAAUCAAACCUCAGAGUCGUGUUAAUACCCAAAGAAGGAAAGCUGUCGGAUUCUGUGAUUCCAACGCUUCAGCCAACUUUUCUACAGAAUGUGACACUUCUGGAGAGUGCUUAGAACGCCUACAUUCGGAAGACGGUAGGAUACGGGUAAACGAUAUUCAACAUCAUCUUCCGUUUAAAUCAGCUCAAGGGUUACAAUAUAGUGGGAUUGAAAAGGAUCUACAGUUAUGGUACUCCAGAAGUGACAUCAACAAAGCGUCGUAUGCUAGAGCUUUAAGAGGAUACGGAUUUGGGAGAACGGCAGGAUCAGCCAGAGCUCUGAUUGAGAACAGUGAUAAGGCUAUCAAGGAUGAUAAGGAUGAGAGUGAGUGUCUGAAGGAGUGUUGGAAGCUUCUGAUACGGAUCUACAUUCUGGAGGCUUCUCAGAAAGUUCAGCAGAAGUAUGGAACACUGUAAGUAAUGUAAAUUGAGUGUAACGUGGUUAAACUGUAUUUAGCUAAGCCUCGAAACACUCACAAUAAUUAAAAGUUUACAGAAUAUUAUUGUUCAAAGUUUGAAAGUUUCAAAAUUUCUAUUUUUCAUUUUAGAUUUCCUGGGGUUCAUCGCUUGGCCAGAAACAUGAAGUCUAACACGAUGGUGAAAGAUGAUCCAGUGACAUUUAGAAAUAGGUAUUACUUGAGUAAGAACCGGGACGACAUCUUACGGACAUGUGGCUGGACUACUUUGGACGAUCACAAUGGACUGGCUACAAGAUUAGAGCGACUAAUGAAUACUGACAAGGUUGAGGACAAGUUCAGAGCAGCGACGAUGGCUAUGUUUGCACUACAAGGGCCAGCUUGCAAGACUGUAGGUCUUAGUAUUAGUAUAAUAUUUUAACUUUUUUUGUUUUAGUACUUGAGCAAGAUUAAUGAGUACCUUCGAUCACCAGAGUUUACCGCCCGGCAUUCUCCGUAUAUGAUACAACGUUACCAGCACAUGGUUGAUCUUGUCAUGAAGGCUUUGGAAACAUACGAUGGUAUUAGGAUUCAAAACUAUGACGCUCUAUUGAAAGACAUUGAUCAGCCAUACCUGAUGGGCAUGGUACGCUUCAUCGGAAGACGACAGCAUACCUACGUUCUGAUGCAACGUGAAAUCAUGGCUAUCAAUGGAAUGUCAGUAGAUGACCGUAUAGCGUUUGCAGCUAUUCACAUGGACGAUCAGGCAUUCAGGGAAGGGUUAAGCAGGUUGAACAACAUGGUACUAAAAAGCGACAAUCCUCUGGCUGUGUUGUUGAUAAGUGGGCUAGAUGAUCACAAACAGUCUCAUAUUGCCAUUCAGACGUAUCUCGAGCAGACUAAUGAUAUUCAGACAGCUGCUUUGUUACUUUGUGCUGGAAACUGCUUCAGAAGGAGUAAGAUCUGGGAGAGUUACGAUAUGCGGAAGAGUGUGCAGGAGAGGAUCACUAUCGCCAUGUAAGGUUUUAAGAUGAAAUCUUUAAAAUAUUGUUGUUUACGUGUUCGUGGUAGUUAACAUGUCACUUUCAGAACGAAGAAUGCUUUGAAAAAUACGAGAAAGUAUUCUCUGCAAAUAGUACUACAAUAUAUGCAAUGGCUGCAAGCAUCUCAACUGAUCCUGCAGAAGAGUUUCAUUAUGACAUUCUUGAGAAAAAAGCUGGAAUUCUCGAAAACUGAAAGUGAAGUAAAGGCAAAGCUGGCGCAGGUAAUAUUUAAAGUAUUUUGAAAUGUUUAUAGAAUAAUCUUUGUAUAACUUAGUGAUUUAUAUUUUAUUAUUUGCAGAGUAUUGUUGCAUGUAACUUUUGCGGAAGACCGAUCUUACCGUAUAUUAGUGGUGGAGAUGACAUGUUUUCCCAGAAGGUCGCUGGAAACCAGCGUAAAAUGAUAGCAAGUGGAGCAGCAGCUGGACCGAGGAAUGCUCAUCCACCACCUUUGAGGACCAACGGAUGUCCUCAUGCUGAUUGUGCCAAACCUUUACCUUGUUGUACGAUCUGUAAGAGAAGUUGUAACCAGCAGGUGGAUGUACACUCUAUGAACAUGUACAUGGACGACUGGUUCAUUUGGUGCACUGUAAGUAGUGUUUCUCUGUUAAUUAUUUUUGGUAAUGGAUGUUUCUUAAUUACAACAUUUGAGUAAAUGUUUUACAGAAAUGUUGUCACGGUGGACAUCUGAAACACCUGAGAGAAUGGUUUGACAACUACGAUCUCUGUCCAUCCGGAGGUUGUAACUGUGAAUGUCCUAAACUGGACACUGUAUUCAAGGCCAGUGUACGGUCUAAAAAGAAACCUUCUAAAGACUCUGACGUUUUGGAAGGAACGAAGCUCAGAACGGUUACAGGUUAUCUCCAAUCGUUAGAAGACGAGGACGCUGAAGAAGAACAACUAAGGAUUCUGAAGAGAUUGGCAUCGAAAGACGGAAAGAAUUCCAUUUCAGAUUCUAAUGGCAAGAGAAACCGAAGGAAAAGUAGUACAAGGUCUUUCCAGAAGCAAGAGGUCGAGCCUCAAAACCAUUUUUCAUUUCCUAUGGUGCCAGAAGUUGUGCUAUCUGGGUUAUCGAGCCGUACUGGUUUGAGAAGAACACCGUUGAAGGAAACUGUAGAAGAAACUGACGAUGAAUGUGAGACUCUGAAGGCCGACAGUCCGAAAGAUGACUAUUUCGAUGUCUCGAAAGCUCGAAGAGGUCCCAGAUCUAUCAGUGAAUGCAUCACAGAUGAAAACGACGAUGACACAAAGCCGCGAAGUAACAGUUCAUUGGAAGAGAAGGGUGGCUACAUGAAGUGGCCAUAUGUUAAACGCAACUUCUGGUCCCUCAAGGGUAAUACCUCAACUGAAGCUCAAGUCAGACCUAACCUUCCUGGAGGAUCCAACAUCAGUAACGAAAAGAAUGUGAAUCAGAAGUUGGUGCAAAACAAGAAGGCGCCCUCUAAUGCCAGAUUCAGCGAACACAUCUUCAUUUUACCGCAGAAAAAGAAACAAACUGGAUAUUCGACCAGUAUCCAAAGGAACCGACUUCAUCAGGCCAUUGUGAAUCAAGCCAUCUACGAGCAGGUCGAGGUGGAACAACGACAGUUGAUCGACCAAGUUCAACGGAUUCAAUUUGCUGACAUUAGCAAGGAAGAAGUCGAGGAGAUAUCAAGUGAGUCAGAAGAGGACGAGGAGUGCAAGGAAGUGGACAAACUGGUACGAUACAACCAGAGAGUCUACAACGAGGCACGAGAGCACGGUAGAAGUCAAAAGAAGCGGAGUCUGAAGGAGGGACAGAACAUCAGGAACAAGCUAGGGUCUCCGAAGCAAAUCCAGAGAAAAGUCAGCGAGCCCGCUAGACUGCCUUUCAAGGUGGGACAGUCUAGUAAUGGGGAAGAAGUCAAGGCACAGAGUCAGUCGCCCAACAAGAAAGGACAACGAUAUUCAUAA